AUGACUGAACAUCUGCUUGCCAGCGGGCGCAGCCACAUUCAACCUACAGGGCAAACCUCACCAAUGGCGAAGGAACGCUGUGUGGACAGCUGUGCGGGGAAGCUGAUUCGCUCUAACCACCGCCUGAUGGGCACCUACGUGCAGCUCAUGCCCCGAAUGGUGCAGCGUCGGAUGGAGGAGAUGGAGAGCAAGGCUGCAGAAAACGCCAAGGCAGCUGCUGCUGCGUACGUGGAGCCUCCUGCCGCAGAAGCCUCAGUGGCGUCUCAGACCCCCGUCAUCUCAUCUCUGCCCCCACAAGUACCUCCGCUGUUGACUCCCUUGGUGACUGAUGUUGGGCCAGAGGCCUUCGGUUCAGUCUCAAAGCCAGCAGGAUUAAAUAUUCCAGUUGAGCUCAGCACUGCUGUGUCCACAACAGCCGCAGAGGUCAAAUUAUCAGCUGCCACAGCGCUUACACCUGCAGCUGAGGCUGUAAUUCCCUCAGUGUUUAAUGAUGCUGGCAAAGGACCAUCUUAUACAGCAGGCUUUUCUCAACCACCGAUAGCUGGUGCGCAAAUUGAGUUUGAGAAUUCAGCACCUGUGUUUAUGCCGUCUAACCCAACAUCCAUAUCAGCAGACGUGCCUGUGUCUACAGUAGCCGCACCUAUAGUGUCUAAAUCCACAGAGAGCCUGUCAGGCCGAGAGAGCGCCCCGGAGGUUCCCCCGCCGUCAGGCCAGUAAUGAUUGCCAGUCUGGGUCUGUCUCAGGUGGGCAAACUGUUAGAUAUGUCCCUGACCCCCACCAGAAACAACCAACUCAACACUGGCAGUCCCAGAUGUGAUAUUCUCUGUAUUGCUGAAGAGAAUAAAUGAUCAAUAUAGUGAUAUAAAUUAUAAAAUAACAUAAUAAAAUAAAGGACUAUUCAUAUAUAUCAUCAUGUAUUAUAACCUUUUCUGGCCACGGUCUCUCAAAUAUGAGCAUCUGUUGUUUCUUCUGUUUUUAUAUUGUAAACCUUUUGAGGUUUCUUACUAUUUUACAAAUGUAGCAACUUGAAGACCUCACUUUAGACUCUGUUUAACUUUUGCAGGCAUCACUCAAUUAUGAGAUAAAUCUGAAAUUUAGCUUUAGUGCCCUGUGAUCUCCCAUGAUGAGAAUAGCAAUUAUUCGCUAAUUAUUUGUUAUGAUAAUAACAAAACCAAAUAUGCAGACAUUAAAUUUGUGUAACUGUUAUUGUUUUGUUAUUAAGUUGUUAUAACAGUGUAUAUGAGUGUAUGUGUGUGUGAUGGCAGUGAAAUUGCCAGUGAAAGUAAAGAUUUCUGCACACUUCGAUCCAUGCUGUGAUAUUGCCAGUCAAAGAUCCUUAAGGAUCAAUCCUCGGCCUGCAGCUUUAGGACUACAGUUUCAUGAGCCAGGAGGGCUACCUAAACACACUCAGUCCCGAUAAUAAUUGUUUUGUAAGGUGACACAGUGAAUGCAGAAAUUGGAUAAUCUUCAACAAUAAAAAUGGUAUUCGUUACUAUUCUUUGAAUGCUC